AUGGACAAUGGAAUGUUCUCUAGCUUUAUCAUGAUCAAAAACCUCCUUCUCUUUUGUAUUUCCAUGAACUUAGCCAGUCACUUUGGCUUUUCACAAAUGCCAACCAGCUCUGUAAAAGCUGAGACCGAUGACAACAUCACGAUAUUCACCAGGAUUCUGGAUGGGCUGCUGGAUGGUUACGACAACAGACUGAGGCCCGGGCUCGGAGAGCGUAUCACGCAGGUGAGAACGGACAUCUACGUCACCAGCUUCGGCCCCGUGUCCGACACGGAGAUGGAAUACACCAUCGACGUGUUUUUCCGACAAAGCUGGAAAGACGAAAGGCUUCGAUUUAAAGGGCCCAUGCAGCGCCUUCCUCUCAACAAUCUCCUCGCCAGCAAAAUCUGGACUCCAGAUACAUUCUUCCACAACGGGAAGAAGUCCAUCGCCCACAACAUGACCACGCCCAACAAGCUGCUGCGUCUGGAGGACGACGGCACGCUGCUCUACACCAUGCGCUUGACCAUCUCUGCAGAGUGCCCAAUGCAACUUGAAGACUUUCCAAUGGAUGCCCAUGCCUGCCCUCUGAAAUUUGGCAGCUACGCAUAUCCUAAUUCUGAAGUUGUCUAUGUCUGGACCAACGGCACCGCCAAGUCAGUGGUGGUGGCAGAAGAUGGCUCCAGGCUGAACCAGUACCACCUCAUGGGGCAGACCGUGGGCACGGAGAACAUCAGCACCAGCACAGGUGAAUACACAAUCAUGACAGCUCAUUUCCAUCUGAAGAGGAAGAUUGGCUACUUUGUCAUCCAGACCUACCUCCCCUGCAUCAUGACCGUGAUCUUGUCACAAGUGUCCUUUUGGCUGAACCGAGAAUCAGUUCCCGCCAGGACAGUGUUUGGGGUGACCACGGUGCUGACCAUGACGACCCUCAGCAUCAGCGCCCGGAACUCGCUGCCCAAAGUGGCCUACGCAACAGCCAUGGACUGGUUCAUAGCCGUGUGUUACGCUUUUGUGUUCUCUGCGCUGAUCGAGUUUGCCACCGUCAACUAUUUCACAAAGAGAGGCUGGGCCUGGGAUGGGAAAAAAGCCUUGGAAGCAGCCAAGAUCAAGAAAAAGGAGCGAGAGCUUACAAUAAAUAAGUCAACUAAUGCUUAUACUACUGGGAAGAUGACCCACCCCCCAAACAUCCCAAAGGAGCAGACCCCCGCAGGGACCACAAAUGCCUCUUCAGCCUCAGCAAAACCUGAAGAUAAGACUUCUGAAAACAAAAAGACUUACAACAGCAUCAGCAAGAUUGACAAAAUGUCCCGAAUUAUAUUCCCACUUCUGUUUGGCACUUUCAACCUAGUCUACUGGGCAACAUAUUUGAAUAGGGAGCCAGUGAUUAAAGGGGCUACCUCUCCAAAAUGA